CAGGUCUUUGUUGAAGUUAUCUCGUUUCAAAAAUUUCGAUGUAUUAUUGGCACGUGAAAAUGAGUGCUAAUGUGGCUUCUUUUCCAUGCCCAGUAUGUACACUGUCGGGUGUUUUUUUUACGGCACAAUCAUUAAGAGAUAGGCUAAUACAAGUUUCGACAAAUAAAAUUUUGUGUCCAGUUUGUCAAGAAGAGAUCAUUGGCUUGGAUAAGUUAACUAUACACUUAUUUAGCCACGUUAAGCUUCUGGCAGCGAACGAAAAUGUUGAUAAGGAUCGAGUAAGUGAUGUGAAAAUUAUACCAAAAAAGAAACACGAUCUAGUACUGCCACAGAAGAAACCAAAACCGUCGACGUCUAAAAAUAAACCUCAACCAUCAACAGUAAACACGCCGGUGAAGUUCGUCAAGAUUUAUCCCAAAUUUCCAGUUAUAUCGUUAAAUACUUUACCUAUAAUAGAUAUAUCACAACUCCCAUCGAAAGAUUGCAUACAACAAGGUGAAAAGGUUUUUGUAAAAGCCGAAUCAGCAGUUUUACAAGCAAACACAGCAUGCAACAUUUGCGGACUGCAGUUUGUCGAUGAGAACAUUCUAAAGGUGCACCGAUGCUUAAUACACAAUAUUGAUGACGAUGCAAAUUCUACAAUAACAACAUACCAGUGUCACCUGUGCCCAAAGAAAUUUAAAAUGAGAGGAUCUUUGAUGGUUCAUCUAAGAGUUGCACAUUUUGGAUUUUCGGCGGGAAAUAAAAAGUGUCCUGCAGAAAAAACCGAAUCAGGAAAAUGUGAUGAAAAGGAUCAAGAGGAUAAACCGUUUGCCAUGGUUAAAAUUGAUAAUAAGCAAUGGCAGUGUGAUGUUUGUCGAAAAUGUUUUACUACAAAAUAUUUUCUAAAGAAACAUAAGCGUCUCCAUACAGGAGAAACGCCGUACGCUUGCACCCAAUGCAACAAAACGUUUACGUUCCAACAAUCAUAUCAUAAACAUCUUCUGUAUCAUAAUGAUGAAAAGCCUCAUAUAUGCAACUACUGUGGUCGAGCUUUUAAAGAACUUUCAACGUUACAUAAUCAUCAGCGAAUACAUACUGGGGAAAAACCGUUUUCAUGUGAAACUUGUGGUAAAUGUUUUCGUCAAAGAGUCUCAUAUUUAGUGCACAGGAGAAUCCACACCGGCGUUAUGCCUUACAAAUGUACGGCGUGUGAAAAAAGCUUUCGGUACAAGGUUUCACAAAGAACACACAAGUGUCAGGCUCAACCACCAGGAACUGUUGUGCGCCAAGUGGGUAAUCUUGUUGAAAAACUUAAAAAGAAAUGUGCAGAUUCUUCGACAUCAAACGACAAGGAAGAGCGAAGUAAUCAUGAUAAUUACUUUAGAGAAGUUUCAAAAGCAAACGCUGAACUAGUUCUCACCGGUGCUAAACUAUCUUUAGAUGAUAUGGAAGCUGACAAUUUUAAUCUCAUCAAUGACACAUUCAACCGAAACGUGCCUGAACAAAUUACAGAAUUAAAGAGUCCGACUCAAAUUACGAAAAACAAUAAAAUCGCACCUUGCUUGGAUUCCAACUUAGAGGAGUUAAUGGACAGUAUUCCUCUUGUAGACAAAAACAUGCCAUCACCAUCCGAAAUCUUAAAAAAAUUAUGUCUUUCCAAAGAUGAAGAUUACUCGCUGUCACCAGAUAAAACAUGUGAAAACGACUUCGAGAUUUAUAAAGAUAUUGAUAAAUAUUUAUGAAGACAUCGUGAGGUUGUCAACAAUGUGAAUCGGAUUUUGUGCUAGUUCAGCCUAAAAUAUUAAAUUUUAGAAAAAAAAAACAAGCGAUACGAAAUCCAUGCAAGUAUUACAAGUUGUACAUAAAACUGCCGAUUUUUGAGAUGAUGAGUGACUAAAAGCGCAACAAUAGUUGGUGCAGCUAUGCUUAGACGUAUAUUAUAUAAGAGAUACAUUCUGACCAAAAAAUGUCUGUUGUAUUACUGAAGUUAACUGUUAUGGCAGGCAGAAACAUUUAAGCUAUGCAGUCUGACCAGCGCCAUACUACAUACCCAGUUGCCAGAAUAUGCCUCCGCCUUCUGUUACACAUUAUAUCCGUGAGACCCUUAAAGUACAAAGAAAUUAUAUUUUGAUUGAGAUUUACUACAUUGUUUGUCGUAAUAUUCGGGAAGUGAAAUUAAAUAAAUGGUAUAUAUAUAGGUAUACGUUAUUAUGACAGUGUAUUGGUAUAGUACCCGAAAAGAAAGACGGGUGGUAGUACCUACUAGUCAUUUCAGUUACGAUAGCACUAAAAAUCACAUUUUUUUAUAUUUGCGUGACACAAUUGAAAAUCAACUAUGGGGCGGAUACAAUGGUCUAUAGAGGAUGCGAA